AUGUCGCAACAACAAACAAAGAAUUCUAUAACUCUUCGUGGAUCAGCUCAAAUAAUUUGUGAAUAUUUGAAGUUUGCUAUUAACUCAGUUUUGUUUCAAAGAGGAUUAUAUCCACCAGAGUCAUUUAAAGCAGAACAACAAUAUGGAAUGACAUUACUUAUUUCAGAAGAUCCUCAAAUCAAGAAUUUUCUCUCAAAUCUUUUAUCACAAAGUGAAGAAUGGAUAGUGACAAAGAAAGUCAACAAAUUGUCACUUAUAAUACUUAAUGUUGCAAAUAAAGAAGUUUUAGAAUGCUGGGAUUUCAAUGUUCAAUAUGAAGAUGGGGACAUAGAAUUAUCUAAGGAGAAAAAUGAAACAGUUGGUAGUAAAGACUUAAAGAAAAUCAAACAAGAAAUAAGAGAUGUAAUGUUGCAAGUUGCUGCAACUAUAUCAUUCUUACCGUUACUUGAUUGUAGGUGCUCAUUUGAUGUCUUAGUUCAUGCGAAAACAGAUUGUGAUGUUCCAGAAAAAUGGUCGGAAGCAGAGCCUGUAAAUAUUACAAAUGCCCAGAAUGUUCAGUUGAAAUCAUAUUCAACGAGUCUUCAUAAAAUGGAAACGGUUGUUAGUUAUAAGCUUGUGGAU